AUGGUCGGAACCAUCGAAUCACCGGCUCCGGGCCCAAAAACGCCAGGAAGUGAUCGUCAGAAGGUAUUCCAUCCAUCAAUAUUCUCCUCGACAAUCUCGCCCACACCUCUAAAAUUCAGCAAAAAGUUGUGGCGUGGUUAAACACGGUGGUGGAUCGUCUCAAAACGUGGAGUCCCGGAAAUUGUCAAAAGUUGUUCAUUGAAAAAGAGCUCAUCGAGUUGUGCUACCGCGCGCGCGAGCACUUCUGGAAGAACAAUGUGAAGCUGGACGUGGAGGUGCCGAUCAGCAUUUGCGGCGACGUGCACGGACAGUUCGAGGAUCUGCUCGCGCUGUUCGAGCUCAACGGCUGGCCGUCGGACAACUCGGAUCGCUGCGUCAAGUACCUCUUUCUCGGCGAUUACGUCGACCGCGGCCCGUUCUCGAUCGAGGUCAUUUCGAUGUUGUUCGCCCUCGAACUGCUCUAUCCGGACAAGGUGUUCUUGCUGCGUGGCAACCACGAAUCGCGUCCCGUCAACAUGCAGUACGGCUUCUAUCUCGAGUGUCACAAACGCUACUCGACCGCUCUCUACGAGGCCUACCAGCUCGCCUUCUACUGCAUGCCGCUCUGCGCCGUCGUCAGCAACAAAAUCAUAUGUAUGCACGGCGGCAUCUCCGAGGAUCUCAUCGAUUUGGCGUACGUUUCAGCAUCUCGCAACUUGCGCCGCUUUCAAACGAGGCUUCCGUUUAGACAACUCGAAAAAGUGGACCGCCCGUGCGACAUCCCCGACAUUGGAGUGAUUGCGGACCUGACGUGGGCGGAUCCGGACGAGAAAACGCACGGGUACGGAGACUCGCCACGUGGCGCCGGCCGAUCGUUCGGCGCCGACGCCGUCCGUCAGUUCCUCGCGAUGCACAACCUCGAGCUAAUCGUCCGCGCGCACCAGGUCGUCAUGGACGGCUACGAGUUUUUCGCCGAUCGCCAACUCGUCACCAUCUUCUCGGCGCCCGCCUACUGCGGACAAUUCGACAACGCCGGCGCCGUGCUGUUGGUCGACGAGAACAUGGUAAAAUGGAGAGAACGAAAGAGGGGGGAGUUGGUUGCGAAACGUCCGUAUUUCAGGUGUGCUCGUUCAUCAUCAUGCGUCCGGAUCAGAAGAAGGAGAAGAAUGCAAAGGGAAAGGAUAAGACGGUGACGAUGGGAAGUUGA